CUCGAUGCACUCUGGCCUCCGCCAUUUUGUCAAGCUAACGUUAUAAGAAAACUCAGCCAAGCAGCGUAUUCUCUGAUCUUACUUGUAGCUGGCUAGUUCCUCUUUGUGCAAUGGACGGCCGCCUAGAGACUGACUUGUAUCCUAUGGGAUCCACUUACGCAGAAUUAGACGUUGUCCACGACAUUACAGUUGGUACAAAGAGAGGAUCAGACGAGCUUUUCUCCUGUGUCCCCAACGGCCCCUACAUCAUGACCACUGCAGCAGCCAACGGCAACGACAGCAAGAAGUUCAAAGGUGACAUCCGCAGCCCCGGCGUGCCCUCGAGGGUCAUCCACGUGCGCAAGCUGCCCAGCGACAUCAACGAGGCCGAGGUCAUCUCUCUGGGCCUGCCCUUCGGCAAGGUCACCAACCUGCUCAUGCUCAAGGCCAAGAACCAGGCCUUCAUUGAGAUGAACUCUGAGGAGGCGGCUCAGACGAUGGUCAGCUACUACUCGUCCGUCACACCGGUCAUCAGGAACCACCCCGUGUUCAUGCAGUACUCCAACCACAAGGAGCUCAAGACCGACAACUCACCCAACCAAGUG